AUGGAAGAGGAACUGAGAAAACCAGAUCGAAUAGGAGAUAGUGAUGAAGGAAGGAUAGACGGUAGUGCCCGACGUGAACUCAAGAAAUUUAAGCGCAGAUCUUCAGGGGAAGUUGUUCCCAACCCGAGCCCCAGAUCCGAGGAUGGAGCGAAGCCAGCUUUCACCGCACCCAUUCCUCUAGCGUCACCUUGGUCCGGGAGAUCUUUCCUCGAAGCGCUGAAGGAGAAACCAAGCACAAAGGAUUUCUACGACGGCUCUGAGGAGGAAAUGGAAGUAGUUGAAGAAAGUCUAGAGGAAGAAAAAGACUUGGGGAAAGAGGCAGAAAUCGCAGCCUCGAAAUUUCCGAGAGUGGUAAUAGAGAAAGGAAAGAAUACCGAUUUCUGGAAGCCUUGGAGGAAAAGUUUGAUUGUGAAAGUUUUGGGACGAACAGUCAACUUCCGAGAUCUGGAAAUGAAACUGAGAGAACUGUGGAAGCUGGAUAAGUAUUUUGAACUAAUAGAUCUGGAACAUGGCUACUUCAUCACUCGGUUCCUCAAGAAGGAGGAUUAUCAAAAGGUCUUAGGGGAGGACCCUGGAUGUUUGCCGAUUGAAUAUUAUGUUGAAGACUUUCUCAUGAAAGUGGGGAAUAUAGUGGGGAAGGCGGUGAAAGUGGACAGCCAAACUCUGGAAGUGACUAGGGGAAAGUAUGCGAGGAUUUGCGUUGAAGUGGACUUAAAAAAGCCACUAAUACCAUUUAUUUGGGUGAGCAAUGAUUUGCAAGCAGUUGAAUAUGAAGGGCUAUAUGCGAUCUGUUUUGAAUGUGGCCAAUAUGGCCACAUUGCUUCUAACUGUCACAAGAAUUCCAACAAUGCAGAGGGAACGGAUGCACAGGCUAACACUGUGACUGGGGAGGGUCACCGGACAGAGAGGGUAGUGCCGGAGGCCAACCCCUAUGGGCCAUGGAUGCUGGCGAAACAGAGGAGGUACAAGCCAGAAAACAGAGUGCAAGGUUUCAGGCCCCAGGAAGGAAGUGGACUGGGAACUGCCAAAUUCGCUAAAACUAUUGGAGAAAACCGUGAAGGGAAGAAGAAAAAUUUUUCAAGAAAAGGAGACAAAGCCCAGGGUGGAGUACAAGGGCGUUAUGAACAAGGGGAAACAAACAUGACACAAUUUGGGAAGAAACCGCAGGAGGAGCGUGGAGGCCCAAACAGUUGGGAAAACGGUUCAGGAUCUAGGUUUAUGGCUCUGAAUGAAAUGGAAUCAAAGGAGCUAGCUCAAGAAAAGGCAACUUCAAGAGAUGUCCUGAGGGAUAUCAUUAACGCCAUCCCAAUCCCACCUGAUGGAAUAGUAUUCAAGGGAACAAAGUCAGCAUUGAGCAGACAAGGGAAGGAAAUAUCAAGGCCAAACAAGAAGGUGGAAGUUCUUGCCUUCAAAAAGCAAAAAGCAACAGGAGCAAAAACAGGAGGGAAGAGCGAGGCAGGCCAACAUGCUAUUGAGUUUGUGGUUAAGGAGAACCGAGAUGAAAUCUGUAUUGCUUUUACCCCAGGAGUUAGCAAAGAAGGGGUGGAAUGUAAGCAAGGUAAGGAGAGGGAAAGUAGGUAUCAAAUGGUAACAGCCACUGACGCGCUGGAGCAGGAGAAAGCAAAAAAUCUGGAUCCAGGGGAGGGUUGUGGUAUUGAGGGCUUUCACCUAACAAAUCAUGAGUUCCCAGCUCUUGUAAGGACGAAUAUUAGGGAUCACACCCAACAUCACAAGGUGGUGACCAAUAUUGAAAGUAGGGGAUUUUCAGGAGGAAUAUGGAUGUACUGGAAUGAUCGGGAGGUGGAAGUAGAAACAGUAUCUACUAACUGGCAUAUCAUGAAUGUGGUGGUGAAAAAUAGAGAUGGGAAUGAAUGGUUGAUGUUGACAAUAUAUGUCUCACCAGAAGUAGAGUUGAGAAAGCUGCUAUGGAAGUACCUGCAGGAACUUGGAGAGAAAGUCAAGUUUUCGUGGCUACUGCGGGGAGAUUUUAAUGAAAGGGCUAGUGUUACUCAUCUUACAAGAACUCACUCAGAUCAUCAUCCGAUAAGAGUGAAUACUAAGAAGGAGGAUGGACAGAUGGGCAGCAGCCCGUUCCGGGUAGAGAAUGCUUGGUACACUCACUAUGAUUUCUACAAUCAGGUAGAGCAAAACUGGAACAAUAAUAAGGAUUUGCUGGAGAAUGUGAAGAUAUUUACAGAAAAAAUCAAAAACUGGAUUAGGGAGGUAUUUGGUAACAUUCUUAGAAAGAAGAAAAGAUGCCAGGCUAGAAUUAAUGGAAUCCAGAGGAGUCUUUCACGAGCACCGUCUAUUCGCCUACAAAAACUUGAAGAGGAAUUAAUUGCUGAGUAUAAUACAAUCCUAGAGCAAGAGGAGAUAAUGUGGCAUCAAAGGGCAAAGGUGGAGUGGUUGAAAUACGGGGACGGAAACACGAGGUUCUUUCACUUGUCAACUACUAUUCGCAAGUGA